CAACCAAGUUCAAACCGGACUAAUCUCAAGCGAUAACCAACUGAAGUGUAGUACGCUGAACUGAAGAAGCAAGACGAUGCAGAGAACUUCACUCGUUUGCUCUUCAAAUCCAAUUUUUAUAUUACCGACUUUUCAUCCGUUUCCUCCUCCUCAGCUUCGAAAUCGAUUCUCUCUCUCCUUUCCAGCUUCGUUGCGUCUCCGAAAUUACCGACAUACCGUCUCUCCUCUGCAUUCCUCUGCUACUCAAGAGAUUGUUGAGACUAGUAAGAGUGAAUCAGAAUUUGUUGAGGUUGGGUACUUGUCCGGUGUUCAUGGGCUUCAAGGGGAGAUCUGUGUAAAACCCAACACUGGCUUUCCUGAAUUGCGAUUUUCCCAGCCUGGGAGAAGGUGGUUGAGGCAACAAGUUUUGGGAAGAGAGACAAUUCAAGAAGUGGAGCUAAUUGAGGGAAGAGAACACCAUGGACGGAAGAGUUGGAUACUUCUAUUUGAAGGGAUUGACACAGUGGAGCAGGCUAAGCCACUUGUUGGUUCAACUUUACUUGCAAGGGAAGGAGACAGGCCAGAGUUGGAGGAGGAUGAAUUUUAUACUCACGAUCUUGUUGGCAUGAAAGUUAUUAUGAAGGAAACUGGAGAACUUGUGGGAACAGUUGUUAAUGUUUUCAACAGCGGAGCCAAUGAUCUUUUAAAUGUCAUGCUUCAUUCCUCUGUAAAUCUGCUUAAUGGUAGUGGAAAGGCAAGAUCACCAGAAACUGAACAAUCUGGUCACCUUGUGUGGAUUCCAUUUGUUGAAGAAAUUGUUCCAAAUGUUGACAUGAAUAGAAGAGAAAUGCAGAUUACACCUCCGAAGGGUCUUCUCGAGUUAAACUUACGCUUUAAUGAGAAGUCCAAGAAAGAAAGGCGCCAGCUUGAAUGGAAAGAAAGGAAAAAGUUUCAGAAACGCUUAAUAGCUGCAAAAAAGAAACUCUGUGAGAUGGAGCAGCAGCAUGUUUUCCAUGGCUUUAGAUUUGGGGAGAAGUCCCAUACAAGCUUGCUUGCUGAUCAGAUUGUUGGUGUCAAUUCGAAAUUGCUGCAACAGGCUUUGCAAAAUAUUGAGAAACCUUCAAAAAGAUGGAAUGUAACUGAGGUAAUCAAUGCGACAAGAACAAAUGCAAUUAGAAGUACUCUGAAGAUAUCAGAGGGUUGCAUUAGUCCUGGUGCAAGUAAAGAGAAAGUGGGUGCCCAUUUCAAUUUGCUGGAGAAGGGACACAAUCUUGUUUCUGAAGGCAAAAUUGCUAUGGUUUUAGUUGUAAAUGACAGUGAGAGGCAGGGAAGGGGAAGUGAUCCUGAUUCUGUUGACUCUGGAAGCACGGAGAAUAAGACUUUAGCCCUUAUUCAGACAUUACUUUUUGAUGAUCGGAGACUUGUAAAGAUGGAAGAUCGUGCAUCUGUGCCACUGGUUUUGAUUUGUCCAUCGCAUGAAAUCAAAAUGCUGGAAAAGAUUUUCUUGGAUAAUGAUUACUUUUCUUUUGACUCCAAAAAGGUCUGGUUUUUGGAAGAAGAGAACCUGCCGGUUGUUAGCAGUUCUAAUGAAGAACAAAACAAGCAUAAGAUUUUGAUGAAAUCACCCUGGGAAAUACUUCAAUUGCCGGUUGGCUCUGGAGGACUCAUUAGUUUGCUUUCAUCAAACGACAUUGCGGAGAAUCUUAAUGAACUUGGUGUGGAGUAUGUUGAGAUAUGCAGCACCAGCGGAAGAUAUAUUGGUGGAAAUUCAAUGUUUCUUGGGUUUGUUAAUUCAUGCAAAGCAGAUAUUGGCAUCCGAAUAUCCGAAGAUUCAAAGCAUAUCGAGGAGAGUUUUAACUUGAUAUUCUCAACGAACUUUCUGAAGAAAUUAGUUAAACAGACCAAUAAACUUCAGUUCUAUGCGAUACUGAAACCAAAUUCUCAUGUUGAGAAGGUUGAUAAAGAGUGGAUCGAUGUUAUUCCCUCCACUCCGAACUCAUACGAGCUUCAGAGUUCAAUUUACGGUUGCUUAAAUUCCUCUUCUCUUGAUAAAGUUUGUGUGAUGGAGAUCACGGAAUAAAUGUAACAAAGACAAAGAUCCAAUAUUAGUGUCUACGAGUUUAUUUUGUUACCUUU